GUAAUAAAAGAUGCACCGCGUUGUUGUGGUACGCUCGCAGUGCAUUAGUAGCGUCGUUUGCGUGUGGUCCAUUUGUUUUUAAGUUCUAGAAAGUUGCAUAUAAAAAGAGAGAGAGGGGGCUUCUUUCUGGACAGACCCUGCAACAAGAAAUUCUCCAGCUUUCUUGAAAUCUUUAUCGCUUUUAUAAUUCUUUCUUUCCUUCUCUCUGGAACUAAGGUAAUCUGAGAUUAAACAAGACAGGGUUUACAUUUGACAUUCAAAUAUCUGCCAAAAAUUCCAAAAUGGAAGACAAAUCUGAAAUAGCUGUUUCUGGUGUUAAAAUAGAGGAAAAGGUUAAAAAGGAGGAAUUGCAUUUGAAAGUCAAGAGCAAAGAUAUAGAACCAAGUGAUGAGAAGGGAGAGAAAUCUGAGGUGGAAAUCGAGUUGAAGACCAAAUCAGUAGAGAAGGAAAAGCCAAGCAAGAAAGAGGAUGAGGAGAAAGAUAAGAAAAAGAAGAAGCACAAGGUUGAAGAUGAAGGUGAUAAGAAGAAAGAGAAAGACAAGGGAGAAAAGAAGAAGAAAAAGAAGGAAAAGGAGGGUGAGGAUGGUUUAGGUGAAGAGUCGGAGGUGGACAAUGAAGCUGGAGAGACUAAGAAAAAGGAAGAGAAAAAGGAUAAGAAAUGCAAGGAAAAAGAAGAGAAGAAAAAGAAUAAGAAAGAACAUGUAGAGGAGGUGAAGGAGAAAGAUGAGCAGGGGGAGAAAGAUGAGAAAAAGAAAGAAAAAAAGAAGGAAAAGAAUAAAGAUUUGGAGGAAGAAGAAAAGGGGACAGAGGACUUAAAAGGCAGAAGCUCGAGUAGUAAGGAUGAAAAAGACAAGAAGCAUGAAGAGGAGGUGAAGGAGAAAGAUAAAGAGAAGAAGGGAAAAAAAGAAAAGAAGGUCAAAGAUAAAGAGAAGAAGGUAGAUGAAGAAUCUGAGGAAAAGAACAAGGAAAAUGAAGAAGAUGAUAAAGGGGAAGAUAAGAAAAAAGAGAAAGACAAAAAGAAAGAGAAGAAACACAAAGAUGAAUUAGAUGAGGAAGAAGAAAAGGAAACUGAAGAGAAGAAGAAAAAUAAGAAGGAUGAGGAGAAGAAAGAUAAGAAACACAAAGAUGUUGUGGACAAGGAAGAAGAAGAUGAAGGUAAAGAGAAAGAAGAGAAGAAGAAAAAGAAGGACAAGAAGCAUAAGGAUGGAGUAGAUGAUGAAGGUGAAGAGAAGAAGAGGAGAGAAAAGAAGAAGGACAAGGAAGACAAAAAGGAAAAGGAACACAAGGAUGAAAGCAAACAGUUGAAGAGUGAGAUUGAAGUUGCCUCCAGAGAGAUUAAAAUGGAACCUGGACUGGAAGGAGAGGAGGCGGAGGAGGAGAAGCAAGACAAGACAAAGGAAGGUAAAGAGAAAAAGAAAGAUAAAGACCAGAAAGAGAAGAGUGAUAAGAAGAGAAAAAAGGGCGAGAAAGGUAAGAGCAAGGACAUUGGAAAUCAGAAAAACAAGUUGGAUAAAAUUGAUGGAAAAAUCAAUGCUCUCCUUGAGAAAAAAGCUGACAUUUUGAGGCAGAUAAAAGAAGCUGAGGAUGUGAACUCUGUUGUCCAUGAGGACAAAGAUGCACAAACAGCUGAUACCAAAUAACCCUGUCUGCACAAGGCUUUUAGAGUUGAUUCGCCUUCUUCUGUUGUAAUAUAGUGUUUCAAUGGAUCUAUGGCCUCAUGCAAGUAUGAACAUUUUUCCUGCUGUAAUAAAAGGUUUUUUCUUACACAAGAACCACUUUAUAGUUUAAUGUGAAUUAGUACAAAAUACCUUCUGUAAUGAAUAAAACUGCUACUGGUUUAAUGCCUCAUUAUUUCGAA